UUAGUAAUCUCCCAUUACUUUUUAGAGGAGUUAAGCAUGAUGAUUUCUUUGUUUCAAGAUUCUUUAGCCAUUUUAGUAUUUACAAAGAAUUGUUUAAAAAUAGAAUUAUGUUCUUUCAGUUGUAAUCUUGCAGUCAUACAUACUAGUCAGUCUGAUUUAUUUUUAUUUCCUCUUGCAUGCUUUGAUAGAUAGAAGAGGAGCCGACCAAUCACAUACUGGUAUGUCUAAAAGUGGAAGUACGCCAGGAAUUCUGGAUGAUUUUCCGGCGAGACCCAUGUCUCCCAGUCUCCACCUUAAGGGGAGUCUACACCCCCUACAUUACAGUCACCACGCCCCCUCUUCAUCCCCACAACUCUCCCACUUCUUCCACGGCCCGGGGAGCUACCCCCCAGGGAAGCAGGAGAGGAUCAACAUUGACGACCUAGUGGAUCAGCUUAAUAACACUGAAGUAUUACAUGAACAGGCAGAUAUCAUCCAUUAUCUGUAUCUUCACAGGGGUCCUAAUUUUGAGAUCAAAAUUGAUGAAAAGCCAUGUUGUAUCAAGGAAUUAUUGGUGGAACUUUAUGAAAAGGCUGGUCAUUGGAAACACUGGGGUCUGGUCAGACAUACAGCUGGUAUGCUUAGGAAGAGGGUGGAGGAGCUAGCUCUGGCAGCGACAGAUCUCUUAGUUCGACAGAAGCAGUUAUCAGUGGGUCUCCCUCCAGACAGAGAACGGGUCAUUAUGCGACCACUGCCUCCAGAUGACCUGGCCAGUAUUAUUUUUGAUGCUUGUGGGGAGGAUCUCAGUACUGCAUCCCUAACACAGGAGCUGUUAAUUUAUCUUGCCAUGUUUAUCCGUACUGAACCAAAACUGUUCAAUGAAAUGUUGAGGCUAAGGGUGGGUCUCAUCAUUCAAGUUAUGGCAUCAGAGCUUGCUAGAACUCUCAAAUGUACAGGUGAUGAAGCGUCCGAACACUUAUUGAAUCUCAGUCCUUACGAAAUGAAAACGCUCCUUCAUCACAUUCUGAGUGGAAAAGAGUUUGUCAUCAAUACAGAGCACACUAAUGUAGAAGACGAGUGCAGGUUAUCAGUUACAACGAAGAAUGUCGGAGAUGAAGCCACAGAAUUUGCCAAACUAAGUCGAAAACCACAUUUAAAGAUGCAGAAAAGUAUGCCUCACCUUGACCCCCAUUCUCUGGAGAAGGAAGAUAACGUGGAGUCAGACAGACAGGGUCAGUGGCUCCGUAGGCGCCGCCUGGACGGUGCUCUAAACAGAGUGCCUGUCGGAUUCUAUCCAAGGGUGUGGAAAGUUCUCAAAAUGUGCCAUGGACUUGUCAUUGAAGGACAUCAUAUACUACACAGUCUGACCAGAGAGAUGACCCCUGGAGAGUUUAAGUUUGCGUUACACGUGGAGAUGGUGCUAAAUAAGAUUCCCCAGCCUGAGUAUAGACAGCUGAUGGUGGAGGCUCUGAUGAUUCUCACUAUGAUGACAGAGAACGAAAACAGUAAACUCUACUUCAACCAGCUGAUUCAGGUGGAUAAAAUCGUCCAUGUGGCUAAUGGCAUCUUUAUUAAAGAACAGAAUAUCCCUGAUGAUAUUGUAGAAGCUUCAAAGGGAGCAGCUGGGAUCUGUCUCCAUUUCUACGAUACGGCCCCUAGUGGUCGAUACGGGACUAUGUCUUACUUGUGCAGGGCUCUGGCGGCUAUUCUACCACUCCCUACGGAUGUGGAUGCUAACCUGGAUUGUAGUCUUUCAUGAUCUGUUGAAUCGGAUCAGACACUUUGUGUUGUUUAUCAGUCCAAAGAGUUUUUGCGGAUUGCUUGAAGUGUUCUCUUACAGGGUUUUUAUGUACAUUUAGAAAUCCUGUAAUUUAGAAAGAAUUGAAUGAAAUCCACUUCCCCUUAGUCUUAACCAGACUGUUGUAUGAUACAUAGUCCUUCAUACAUGUGGAACAUGAUACUUAGCCCCACAUACUUGUGGAACACCAGAUUUUGCCAGAGCUUUUAAAUGCAUAUGUGUACAGCUUCAUUGUCUCAUACAU